GCCGGAAGAUAUUUGGGUUUUAACCUAACGGAAAUUCAGACUAUUAAAGCCAAUUCUCUGGUUCGUCAUCUCUCUCGCUCGCUAAAGGCGGAACAGAAAGAAACCCUAGUUUCCUUUGUCCGUUCGAAACCAUGUCGAGGAGAAAGACCAGAGAGCCAAAGGAAGAGAAUGUGACGCUUGGACCUGCUGUUCGUGAAGGAGAGAAUGUCUUUGGUGUUGUCCACAUCUUUGCUUCAUUCAACGACACAUUCAUUCACGUUACUGAUUUGUCUGGACGUGAAACACUUGUUCGCAUCACUGGUGGUAUGAAAGUGAAAGCCGACAGAGAUGAAUCCUCACCUUAUGCUGCUAUGCUUGCUGCACAAGAUGUUGCUCAGCGAUGCAAGGAACUGGGAAUCACAGCCAUGCAUGUGAAGCUCCGUGCUACUGGUGGUAACAAGACCAAGACCCCUGGUCCUGGUGCACAGUCUGCCCUUAGAGCCCUUGCCCGCUCUGGCAUGAAAAUUGGUCGCAUUGAGGAUGUGACUCCAAUCCCAACCGACAGUACCCGCAGAAAGGGUGGAAGAAGAGGAAGGAGGCUUUGAGUUUUUUGGUCUCGCUCUAUGGGCUCAUCUUUCUUUCUCUGUUUCUUUUUGUCUUUUUUGUUAGAUUGAAAAGAGUUUUGGAUUACUAUGCGUUGUUGUAGUGUCAACUCUAAAAAUAUUUUUCUUCCUGCUAUAUAAGACAUUCAAAAUUUGGUUUGUCAUUUUUCUCAUCAAAA